AUGGAGCAGAAGUCAUCAAGAUUGAAGAUCCAGAGCGUGGCGUAAGUAUCCUAAAAAGCCUGCAAUCGUAUCCCAUCCUCUCUUACAAGGAAGUCCAGGAUGACACGAGAUACUGGACCAUCCAGGGCGAGGAGAAGAUGUGGAAGCCCGGCGUAGGACCCAUGUCGAACUACUUCGCCGCUGUCAACCGCAACAAGAAAUCCGUGGCGUUGAAUCUGAAAAGCGAAAGGGGACGAGAGAUAUUCUUGAACAUGGUGAAGGAAGCGGAUGUCGUGUGAGGGUCUCCUGGAAAUCCCGCAACCUAUCGAUCUGCGACGCUGAUUUGAUUGCAAAGUGUCGAGAAUCUCCGGCCUGGAAAUAUGGCUCGUCUGAAGUUGGGGUAUGAACAUCUUCGACAGAUCAACAAGGGCAUUAUCUUGGCUAGCACUUCAGGUAUGGACAGUCGUGCAUUUGCUUGCGGCCCAUAUUGAUUCCCCACAGGGUAUGGUGCUGGAGGCCCUUUUGCACAGAGAGCCGGUUACGACAUGAUCGCUGCAGCUGAAGCCGGACUUCUUCACUUGACUGGAGAGCGAGGCAGAGGCCCCGUCAGACCUGGCCUAGGCCUCACCGACAUGUCGACCGGUCUGUACAUGCACGGCGCCAUCAUGGCGGCAUUGUAUGCACGGCAACGAACGGGAGAAGGCCAAAAGAUCGACGGCUCGCUCUUCGAAACCCAAGUCGCCCUCCUCACGAACGUCGCCAUGUCAUGGCUGAACCUGGGCGUCGAAGCGGAACGAUGGGGCGCUCAACAUCCUAGCGUCGUGCCCUACGAUACCUUCAAGACCAGAGACCUCUAUCUCGUCUGCGGGGCCUUGAAUGACAAACAGUUCCACAAGCUCGUGGGUCUUCUAGGCGUUCCCGAGCUCGCUGAGGAUGAUCGCUUCCGGAGCAACGGAGACCGUGUCACGCAUCGUGACGAGCUCGGCAAGGUCCUCAAUGAACGAUUCGCCAAGAAAACUACAGAUGAGUGGACGGAGAUAUUCGAAGGGAGCGGAAUGCCGUAUGCGCCUAUCAACACCAUGGAGAAGGUUUUCAAUCACCCUCAGACUGCGGCACGAGACCUCGUCCAGGAGGUGCCACUUGAUUCGGCUCGCGCUGGGAAGAUCAAGCUACUUGGUGAGGCGACACGAAUUGAGCGAAUGCAACCGGAAUCUGAUAUACCGCAGGGCCUGCCAUCAAGUUCAGCCAGACGAAAGCUACUAUCCGCAGUCAGCCUCCUCUGCAUGGGGAAAACACCAAGGAAGUCCUGCGAAAAUUUGGAAUCGAAGAGGUCGAGCUGCAGGCGCUUGAACAAGAUGCCAUUAUUAAGAGUAGAACAGUGCCCCGAUGA